UCGAUAUAUGUAUAUCUUAUCUGAGGUAUACAUAGUGUAGUCAAAACAUUGAAAGAGUAGACUUGGAGAUGUAGAUAGUAUCCUCCUAAGAUCUAGAUCCUACAUAAGGAUAGAUUUAAGAUUGAAGAUGAGCAGCUCAGAAGAGACGUCAUGGAUCUCAUCGUUUUGUAGACUGAAGGGUAAUGAAUUUUUCUGUGAGGUCGAUGAAGACUACAUUCAAGACAAAUUCAACCUUACUGGGUUGAGUGAACAAGUUUAUCGUUAUCGGCAGGCUUUAGACGUGAUUCUAGAUUUUGAGCCUGAUGAUAUUUUCUACGAUAUUUCUGACAAGUCAGAUUGGAUCGACCUAGCAGCAGAAAGGCUCUAUGGCCUCAUCCAUGCUCGCUACAUCUUGACAAAUCGUGGAAUAGCUCAAAUGAUUAGAAAAUAUGAAGCUGCCGAUUUUGGUUUUUGUCCUCGGGUAUAUUGUGAGUCACAGAAAAUGUUGCCACUAGGAUUAAGUGAUGUUCCCGGUGAAGCUAUGGUAAAAAGUUACUGUCCCAAAUGCAUGGAUAUCUAUACACCAAAAAGCUCACGACAUCAUAACAAUGACGGCGCCUACUUUGGCACUGGAUUUCCGCAUAUGCUUUUCAUGGUUCAUCCUGAAUAUCGACCUAAGCAAGCUUCAAAUCAAUUUAUUCCGAGAUUAUAUGGCUUUAAAAUUCAUCCACUAGCAUAUCAAAUACAACAGCAAUCGGCAGAAACAUUUAAGGCACCUCUACAUAGUAUUAUUUAUAAUAAUGAAAAAAGUUGAAACUCCAUAUUACGAUCCAAAUUUAUUGUUUAAAAUAAAGUACUCAGUGAAUAUUUUUA